CACAAUUGGUCAAUAAGAUAUAAAAUGGAAGCAGAUUAUUACUCUGAGAGGACAGGUGAAGUAACCCAAUACACAUCACCAAGGUCAUCAAGGGAGACAACUCCGACGAAAUGGACCGAAGCUGGAUGGGAUGAGGAAGGGGGACUUGAUCAAUGGUAUAAGGAGGAGGCAUGUUUCCACACAAGCUACAAUAGAAACCAAAGUGUGAGGAGUAGCCAUAGCGACAAGGGACCUGUCAAUACAUGUCCUGUUUUAAAAUCGGUCAAUUUUUCCAAAUCUGCAGAAUUCGUAGAAAUAUGGGAUGAUCAGUUUGAUUUUUGUGUAAAAGAAGAUAAUCUGCCAGAUCUGGAGGAUUUUGAUAUCACCUCGUCACCAAGUAAACGUAAAAGUCACUCAAGGAAUAAAGCUAAGGAAGUGUUUAACAAGAGUAAAGACUAUAUCAGAUCAAAAGUGGAAUCCUGUCGUAAAAAGCUGAAUGCCUCAUCGCUGAAUAUUUUCUCUCCAGUUCAUCGCAGUAAACAUGGGAGAUUUGUAAACAACUGUUGUGAAGCAAACAUCUCCCAUCCAGAGGUCAAACAGAUUCUAGGACAAUCUGGUAACCAUGACAACCACAAACAGGUGUCAAUGAGCACAACUGCUGAUGUUUCAUGUCCAAAUGGCAUUGAAGAUUCCUACAGAUUUGAACUCAUGGUGAAUGACACUUCACAACAAAAUGUGUCCAAUAAUGACGCAUCAUCAUGUAGACCUUUACAAGUACAGCACAGCAACGUCAGGGAAGUAUGUGUUACCAUAGAAACACAAGAAUCACUUCAUACCUCCAACCCUGAAGAGCUCCAGCACUGUGAUACAAUGCCUGGACUUAUCAGGAGCCAAACAGACGCAGAAGUUGAUUAUGGGGGAACACCAAGUAUAGUUGUCCAGGAUGAUGACAUUCCGAUUGUAAAUAUGGACCAAAGAUCUGGAGAGGUGAUGGAAGACAACAGUAUGAAUGAAGAAGACAUUCCAAUGGGAUCCGAAGCGAAAUCCUUUGACCAGAAAGAACAUGAAAGGAAUUUUGUGACGGUGCUGCCACCUGUGAUGGACAAACGACUGCAGUGGCUAUUGGAUGCCCCUCAGAACCUCAGCUUUAAUUCAGAUCUUUCACAGAACACAACAACCAGCAUGUCCAGUGACAUCAGUUUGGACAUGCUACUGAACGAUCGUAAUGAAGAUCCGGAAGAUAUUCUGAUGGGGCUGGGAUUUGGUGAUUCUGUUGAAAUUGAAGACAAUAUUCAGAGAAUCCCGGAGCGUUUCUUGAAUGAACCUUCAGAACUAGAUGGUAUUGAUAUUUCCGGCCUCAUUAGGGAGAAUCCCGAGCUGAGUUCUCUAUUCCAAAGUUACAUAGACUCUCAGAAUAGCAGCGCCGACCUCUCUGUCCAAGGUCUCAAUUCUAGCGGAACUACAGAUCGUAGUCCCCAUAUGAGCAACACGUUUUGUUCUGUUAUGAACAGCAUGAAGUUCUUGCAUGCCUUACAGUCACCAAGUCGCAUGACGUCCAAUUAUGACGUUGAAAACGAUGGGGUUCACAGUAUUCUGAAUGCUGAAAAUCGUGACUUUUUAGCCAAUCAAGGGUUUUACUACUCUAAAAGUGUUACAUCUACUUCUUCGCCUAAGCCCACAACUACCUCGGCACAUAAACUCUUCAAGUCAUGGUCUAUGGAUGCCACGGAACGUCGAAAAGCAUUUGGAAAAACGCGGAGAUCGCAGCAUCGCUCGUUAUCCGACUUAAAAGAGGAAGCUGAUGAGCUGACAUCGCCCAAGGCAGAAAAUCGGACAGGAACCCAAAGUUUUGACAGUUUUGGAAAUUUCACUAGUGUUGAAACCUCAACUGAUUCCUUUGAUAGUGUAGAUUCUGGCCAUCUUGGUCAUGGGCGGAGAGAUCUUAUGGCGCCGUGCGGUGUGGGUAAUAAUGGCCGUCGCGGAUCAGGCUUCAUACUUCCAGUUCCUUUACCUAUGGCUGAGGACCGAGCAAUCACAAAUCUCCGCAAACAGGAAAUGGAAAUAAUAACAUCGUUUCCAGAUGUGGAUGGUGAUUAUCUUGUCACCCCUCCGCUUUCCACCCAAUCUAGUCUGGAACAUACAUUAACCGCUAAACAGUUACAUAAAUUAUCCACAAAGUCUUCAACAUGUACACUUUUGGGAGAUACUGACACUGAACCAAUCAGUGAUGAUCUUACAUCUUUCGAAGUGACCAAUCAAGACAGUGAAAACACAUUUAUUGAUAAUGAAAAUCUGGAGCCCACGAAAGAUUCAGAUCUUAGUCGUAGUCAGGUGAAGUUCAAAGACUAUGAUACGGUGGCUUCACAUACUAGUCCUGUGACUUCUGAAGACUUGGUAAUGGCAGAUCUAGGUCCUAGUCGUCCAAAAUCUAAAAACAUGGACAUGAACGCUAUUAAAGAUGUGCUAACAGUAUAUUUUACUUCAAAUGCUUUAAAAGAAAAAACGGACGAAGUCAGUACACCUGUCACAGGUGAGGAAGAGGUGGAGCCGGUUUUUGUGUGUGACAGAGGACAGCAGACAGACAAACUCACAGGAAAAAGGACGGAAAAUCGUCAAGACAAUAGGACUGCUAUAAAGGUUGUGGAUGGAUCUAGGCAGACUUGUGAUGAAGGAACAGACCCCAGAGCUAACUUAGAGGUUCUGGGAAGGAUGGAGAGCGUCCAGUCGGACAGUAGUGGCUUUGCUGAAGUAGACCACAUUGACAUGAAGGAAAAGGUGUCCAACAUGGGCAGUAGUGCGGAGAGUGACCAGACCAAUCAGAGCAGUGCUACCGUUCUUCACGACGUUCCAGACAGACCCCAUUCGCCUAGUUUCUGGUCAACCAAUGCGACCCCUCGUCAGGUGUUCGUUAUUCCCAGUCACAAAAAGGCUUUAAGAAAAGAUGCAUCAAUCUCCACAGACGACACCUUUAUAAGUCCAGACUCGACGCUGGGAUUUGAGAAGAGCCCAACUGUCCUGCAAGACCAGUGCGACUCUGGAAACGAGACUCUGUCCGAUAGAUCUGUUUUGUUGACCAUCGAAUUGCCUCGGGAAUGGAUAAAAUCGGGACAGCUGUCAGGUGCGGGUACUGAAAAGGGAGUUAUUUCCCUUUCCUAUCAAGACAAUGGGUCCCAAUUAUCUCCAAAUAUGGACACUGUGGGCCCGGACAUGAACGGGAGUUAUGGAUCAAUUUAUUCUAGUGCUUCCGUUAAUCCUUUGGAGUCAACACCUUUUAAAAGACCUGUACGCCCAGAAUGGGCCUCUACUCCGAAUCAACCUGAAAGACAACAUUCUUACUUAGCUCACCAACAUAGCAUAACAACGAAACAUAGAUCAAGGUUAUCCAAGAUCUCGUCUUCUGAUGAAUCUCUUUAUAUGCCAUACAAACGUGAGUUUGACUCAGAUACAGACUGUAAGCGUCAUUUUGACUCAGAUAGAGAACGUCACUGUCGUUUUGCAGAUCUCAACCACAGCGUUAACACAUCAUUGGAUGGUAGUAUAUCAAGUGGAACAGAUGAAUCAAUCGAAUACAUCAAACUCAAACAGCUCGUCAACAAACCAGUCACGUUUCAGCAGGAAACAAGGGGUUCUGUACCAGCGACGAAGUACCAGCCAAAACAUCCCAUCAAAACCUGGCCCUCCAUUCAGCAACGGCUGCUUCUACAGGAGGAGACCCAACUUGUCCAGUACGCCCUUCAUCGGUACAAGCUGGAGCUUAACAUUCUGGAGACAACCUUCCUCGUCAACAAGCAGCUCGCCUGGGAUGAGCUGACUCCAGAUGAAAAGACUGAGCUGGAUGAACUACAACACCUGUGGACGGAGGUACGGAAGGAGGUGACAGCGAUGGAACAAUACCUGGCUAACAGAAUGGCUGCUACUCAAGUGGGAAACGACAGGUUCCAACCCCUCCUAGUGCUUGAGGUCGUACACAAGAUGGUGAAUCUCCUCCGGGAACAAAUGUAUCAGCAGGAAAUUUAUAAAUCCAAGAUGGAGCUUGAACUUGACCCGCCGUUCCAGCCAACACAGCAGGUACCAUGGUGGCCGGAGGUCUCCCAGAUGUUGUGGGACAUCAAACAGAAGGUGUCAGAGCCUCCUGCAAUGUCGAAUGCUUCAAGUCUGGCUUCAGGCAGCAUGCAAGAUCUGCGGCAAAUAAUCCGAGAGGAAGUCCAACAAGAAUGCAGAGACAACCAGCUAUGGCUUCACCGGGAACUGGAGGCAAAAGAGAAGGAGCUAUGUCAGCUGAGGAAAGAAGUGAUGUCUCAUAACAUAAAGGAAGGACAGACAAAAGUGAAGAAAUACUACGAGAGUAUUGUGUGAUUGACGCUAUAAAUACACAGUCUUGAUACUGGUGUGUUGUGUGAUUGAUGCUAUAAAUACACAGUCUUGAUACUGGUGUGUUGUGUGAUUGAUGCUAUAAAUACACAGUCUGGAUACUGGUGUGUUGUGUGAUUGAUGCUAUAAAUACACAGUCCGGAUACUGGUGUGUUGUGUGAUUGACGCUAUAAAUACACAGUCUGGAUACUGGUGUGUUGUGUGAUUGACGCUAUAAAUACACAUUCUGGAUACUGGUGUGCUAUUAAACUCUGUACAACAUUGUCUUGUGUAGCAGAACCAGACUGGGUCGAUUGUCAGCAACCAGGUAGCUCAAUUGGCAGAGCAUCUGUCUAGAGUUCAGAGGGUCACGGGUUCAAACCCUGGUCUAGCCGUGCAUUUUUGGCUCCUACUACAUUUAGCACCCGACAAAAUAUACCCAGGGGAAGGUGGUAUAGGGUCUUGUGUGUCUUCAGGGUCAAAGACCUAACUAUAGGAGGGAGGAAUGUAGCAGAAGUGGACUGGGUCUACUACGGUCUAUCAUCGACAACCAGGUAGCUCACCUGGUACAGCGUCCAAUUAGAGUUCAAACCCUGGUCUGGCCGUGCAUUUUCCCACCCCUACUUGUACACAGCAGGACUGUGACAGCUAAAUUGUAGGAAAUUGUUUCCAAAUAUUUUUGGGUUGUGCUAUUACUGUUGCCAAUAUUAAUUUUCUUAUCUUCACUGAAAAUAUCUUUAAAAUUGAAGCAAAAUUUUAUAAAGUUUGAUUAAUGUUUUACAUGUUUUAAAAUUUUACAAAAUUGUCUUUUGAUUAAGCUAUUUCGUAGUUUGGUUAUAAGCAUUGUAGUAUGGUGUUUGUAUCCCCGUUUCAAAACAAGUAUAUAUCCCUGACUCCCAGUUCCAGCAUAUUAUUAUAACAUAUAUAGCAAAUCAAUCAAUCAAUUUAACCUUAUUUUUAGUAAUAAUAACAAUGAUAAUAAUAAUUUGAGGCUCUUAUAUACUGCUUAUCACAACCUCGUUGGUAGGUCGUCUCAAAGCGGUUCACAAAUUAUUAUCUGUGGUUAUAGGGCCUUUGCAACCAGCCAAUAUCUUU